CCAACAACCACAACUGCCGAGCCUGUGGUUUCUUGCCACAUAAACAGCCAUAGCCAAUCGUCCUGACGCAUUGCAUUUCAAUCUUUGAGCUUCAGAAACACAUUUCUGAAGCCCUCAAGCUACCACAUUCUAGGUUCCAGUGAUCUUCUCAGCGCCCACAUUCACCAAUUUCUUGGUCCAAUUCCAGUUCCUGCUCUCAGAUUUCGUCUUGCGCCAUGGCUUCCGAAGGACCUGUGAAGAAAGCCUUUAUUACUGGUAUUACUGGCCAAGAUGGGUCCUACCUGACAGAGUUUCUGCUGUCCAAGGGCUACGAGGUCCACGGUAUCAUCCGUCGUUCCUCCAACUUCAACACGCAGCGUCUGGACCACAUCUACCGCGAUCCUCAUGUCUCUUCGGCCAAGCUGAGACUCCAUUAUGGUGAUCUGUCUGACGCCACCGCUCUCCGUCACUGGAUCGACCAGAUCAAGCCAGAUGAGGUCUUUAACCUCGGUGCUCAGUCGCACGUCGGCGUCUCCUUCGAGAAUCCCGAGUACACCGCCGACGUCGUCGGCACGGGAGCUCUUCGCCUCCUGGAGGCCGUUCGCAACCACAUUGAGAACUCCGGACGCAGCGUGAAGUAUUAUCAGGCUGGAUCGUCGGAAAUGUUUGGAGCUACGCCUCCUCCUCAAGACGAGAAGACGCUUUUCCAUCCUCGCUCGCCGUACGCCGUGUCUAAGGUGGCUGCUCACUGGUACACUGUGAACUACCGCGAGGCGUAUGGCAUGUUCGCGUGCAACGGUAUUCUCUUCAACCACGAAAGCCCGAGGCGUGGUGAGAACUUCGUAACGAGGAAGAUCACCCGCGCUGUCGGCCGCAUCAAGGUCGGCCUGCAAAAGAAGGUGUACCUUGGCAACCUCAAGGCCUCCCGUGAUUGGGGUUUCGCCGGUGAUUACAUCAAGGGCAUGUGGCUGAUGCUCCAGCAGGAGCAGCCUGACGACUACGUGCUGGCGACAGAAGAGUCGUUCACGGUUGAGCAAUUCCUCAUCGAGGCCUUCGGCUAUGUCGGCCUGGACUGGAAGGAGCACGUCGAGAUCGACCCGCGCUACUUCCGCCCGUCCGAGGUGGACAACCUCCGCGGAUCGUCCGCCAAGGCCCGGGAAAAGCUUGGGUGGAAGCCGGAGGUGAGCUUCAAGCAGCUGGUGGCCAUGAUGGUGGACUCGGACCUCGACAAGGCCAAGCGGGAGAAGGUGCUCGUCGAGAACGGCUUCCUCGACAGCAACUUCCAGCCCUAGAGAGGAUUCUGGAUUCUUGAUUCGGGAGUCUUGAGGCGCCUCAGAAGCCCUUGCUGGAUUCUGGGUUUUGAGUCUGGUAGAUUCACGUCUGGAGUACCAUUAUAUUAUCCAGGCGAUUGUAAAGCUUUUUUGGUGUAUUAAAACUGACAGAUUGCCCCAUGAAUGCAAACAAAAUGGAUAUUUUAGCAGGGGAUCAUGGCAUUCAUCUCGUUGGGAAUGCUGGGGUGGCGGCCAGAGAGCUUGCAGCAGCUGGUGGCAAUUAUGUUGACUCUGAUCUCGACUAGGCCAGGUGUGAGAAGGUGGUAGUUGAAAACUGCUUCAUUGACAGUGUUGGGCUGAGAAAAGCCCUUAGUAUCUUUUGCAGAGACUAAGUUCCAGCCGUGGAGACUUGAGACUUGGAGUAGUGCAGCGGAAGUUGAGGCAGUUGAACCCUUGUACCGGUACUAGUAUAUGAGAACAAAAAAGCCCUUAGGAUCUUUUGCAGAGACUAAGUUCCAGCUGUGGAGACUUGAGACUUGGAGUAGUGCAGCGGAAGUUGAGGCAGUUGAACCCUUGUACUAGUAUAUGAGAACAAGUGAUUGAUUAAAGAAACAAGCAUACA